AAACGGUACAAAAUGUCAACUCCAGUCCAGAGUUUAGUCUAAUGAGUCUGAUGACACCAAAGGAGUAGGAAUGGCCCGGAUCAAUAGACCUUCCAAGAAAACUGACAUGCCACCUUUUGAACAGUGAUGAAUGAAUGGCCUGCACAUUUUGGCAGAUAAAAGACCCUUGCUGAUCAAACCACCAUUCAUCAUUAUAUACUAGGCACUAGCCAUGAGUUUUAUUUAUUAGGCAAACCCUUGUGGAUUCGAAAUCCUAUAUUACUUUGUUCAAGAAACAGCUCCAUUACAUUAAUUUGCUCUAGGAAAUGGGAAGUGAGUCCAAGCCAAAUAAAUUCCACUAUGAUUUAUCCAUGUCAAAGAGGACUCGAAGAUCAUUGAAUCUCGUUGAAGAUGAUCAUGAUCAAGGCUCAUUUCAAGCAUGGCAUGGAGAAGAAGAAUGUGCCCUGGAAUUUGCCAUUGGGGAUGAAGAAAAGGGCAGCAUUAGUUUGAGUGAAGCAUCGGAAAACGACCAAAAGAAGAGCUUGAAGCAGCUGAUCGGUGGAAGGAGCCUUAGCCAACAUUUCUCACAGGAAGAGCCACAGCUUCAAUUGGUUGUUAAACAGCAUGAUCAAGAAGGACUGAAUGGAUUGAAGUUCACAAGGAUGGUGAGUCGUUAUGCAAAAGCUUUAAGCCAUUUGAUCAAGCUUAAGCGAAAACAACAAAUGGGGCUUUACAAGAAACCAGUUCUUCCAUUGACCAAUUAAGUUGAAAUCUGUAGAAACUAAGCAGAAAUUAUAUGCUUAAUAGUCUUGGCUGCAGCUUAAUCUGCGUCCUGCUUUGAUUUGCAGCCCACAAAUUAAUUCUGCUGCCAUCUUGUUUUAUUUAUUGUUUGGCUUGUAAUAUUACUUUUUUGCAACUAUAAAUUUAUGAUAUACUAUUAAUACUUUAUAAUUUUCUCAUCC